CUGUCACGCUUCCCAAAAUCCCCCAUCUCCCUUCCCGUCGCCACUGCAUUUCCAACCACGGCACAUAGAAAAUCAUCCAUCUUCCCCCGACAAACGACAUCCACUUCUCGCGAAAACCUCGUAACGUAGGAGCGGUAUUAUCGUAAUCGUCGCCAUCGUAUAAUUUUGGAUCAGUGAUCUGCGGUGCGCGUGAAUUUUCCGUCGUAACUUUACGCUUGGAAACGGCGUAGGAGACAGACACGCCACGCGACUUGAGCAGCGCAAUCAAGCAAAGAUGGCGUCGCCCGUAGCAGAUUUGGAGGCGAACCUCAUGGCCAUGCAAGCCCUCAAACCACCAGGAGUAUCUGGCUCAAAGAUCAAAGAGAUUACGGCGCUGUGCGUCGGAAACGUCAAGUCCGAAUCGGUCCUCAUCCAGAAGCUCUUUACGCAUUUCAAGCGUACACCCGGAACCCAUAAGCUCGGUGUUCUCUACGUCGUAGACUCUGUAACACGAAAAUGGAUGGAACAGGCCAGGCAAACAGGCCAAGCAAUCAGCAGCGCGGCCGAUGACGGCACUUUUGCCGCUGGUGUGCAUAGAGUGACCGAGUUGAUGCCCUCGUUCAUGAACGACAUUCUGGGUUCUGCUCCAGAUGAUCAAAAGCCUAACAUCAAGGACCCUUCUGCUACUUCUCAGGAAAAAAUACGUAAACUAGUCGACAUUUGGGAAAAGGGACAAACUUUCCCGACGGUUAUGUUGGAGGGUUGGAAGACCAAGCUGGACGCGCCAAGUAGCCCACCUCCUGGGGCUUUUGCUGCUAUGAUGAAGACUUCCAGCUCAGUAGCCCCUGCUCCACCACCAGCUAUUCCUGACAUCAUGGAGACGUUGGCAAAUCUUGCUCGUCAGAAUGCAUCGGCUGCUUCAAGUAAUCCUAGUAUUGCGGCCCCAGCGGCGACAUCCGCACCUGCCCCGUAUGUUACACCGGCAGCAGCGCCGGCCACAAGUAGCAGUUUGUUGCCUCAAGCACUUGCCGCUGCGGCAGGUCAGGCCCAAGGUGCUCCUGGAGCUAUGCCUUUUGGAUUUCCAACAACACAACAGCCGCCCGUAGCUGCACCACCUGCUCUGCCCUUCCAGUUUCCUGGACAGUAUGGCGCAAUGCCGCCGGUUCCUCCGUACAUGCCACCUGCUCCUGCUGCCAGUAGUCAACAAAGCGGUUUCCCAGCGGCUCCUGCGCCACAGGACGACCCUAAUGUUGCCGCGCAACAAGUGCUUCUGAUUCAGACGCUACUAUCCCAAGGCAUCGCACCUGAUAUGGUCACGGCUAUCGUACAGCAGCUUACAACUGGUACUGGUCACAACAACCCUGCUGUUCCUCCGCAAUUCCAGGCCCCGACUGGAGCCGGAGGCUAUGGCGUAGGAGCUUGGAAUGCAAACAUGAACCGGCCUUCUGAGUCACAUGAUAGAGAUCGUCAGAGGUCGCCUGGAGGAUACAGGGGUCGUUCUCGCUCGCGCUCUCCAGGCCGCAAUCGCUGGGACCAAGGCUAUGGAGCUAAUGAUCGGGACAACGGUGGCAGGGAUAGCCACUCGGAUUACCGUCAGCGUUCACCCCAGGGACGGAACGGAAAUUCCCGCCGGCCAUCAGAGCGUUACAUUGAGUUUGACCCUUCGCUGCCUGAAAACAACAUACGAGUUUUGAGCAGAACACUAUUUAUUGGAGGUGUAACAUGCUCUGAAAGCGAGCUUCGUAGCAUCUUCAGCAACUUUGGCGAGGUUCAGACUUGCAUUGUCAACCGGGACAAGCGCCACGGCUUCGUGAAGAUGUUGACGCGCAAGGACGCGGAAGCUGCUAAGGACGGCAUGAUGGAGUAUCGAAGCCCAGAUCACCACCUCAGAACGCGCUGGGGCGUUGGAUUUGGUCCACGAGACUGCAGCGAUUACGCCAAGGGCAUCAGUGUCAUCCCGAUUCAUAGGUUAACUGAGGCGGACAAGAAGUGGAUGCUGACGGCGCCAUUCGGCGGCACGGGUGGCAAACCUAUCUCGACAGGCAUGGUGGUUGAGGAACCGGAUAUUGAGAUUGGCGCAGGUGUUUCGUCCAAGGCCAUAAGUAGACGGAUGCAGACCGACCGGGGCGGUAUGCAUGGUCCGAGGUCUUCACAUCGCGGUGGACGGCAGUAGUCGUCAGGUGCUGAGCACUUUCAAGUUUCCUCCCUGUUUGGAAUUAUAUACAUUAUGGAUGGGCCUUUCUGGUUUGGGGCGUCGGUAUCGGACAACCAAGAUUAAUACCCAGUAUUCGAAUUGAUAUUUAGUAAUUACUUUAAUUCUUGCGGUAUAUUUUUUGCACCCAAUUCUGAGAACUUUUCCAUGCUAUUCACGUUGUCUCGUGGUUCUUAAUUUCAUACAAGUUCUGCCUGACGUUGAUGCAACUCUUUGUGACGCGUGUUCCGAAAGAAGUGAUUGAUGGGAACAGUUUUUGCAUUACCUUGAUUUUUGUGCAUUCUGCAGUUCUGCAAAACUCUUUGUGUUCCUCUGCACAACCUCACAAAAAGUGUCAAGGUUAACAAUCACGCACCAUGAUAACAGGUCAGCUACUUACGUCUUUGUACUUUUGACAGCCCAUACCGGAGGUUUAUUAGGCUUUUUUUUAUGAAAUGUGGCGGGCAUAGCGCCAGAAGCUGACGACCUAAAUCUGUAUGCCUUGUCGACUCGGGAAUAAAACAUCGGUGAUUGAGUUGGCUAAAGAUCUCAUGUGAGCAAUGAAAGGGCCGUUGACAACCGGUGAGUUGACGAGGAAAAAGAAAUGGCGUCACACGGAUGCAGAUCGGCUACUUGGUUGCGUGACGAGAACUGGGCUAGACCUAGAUUAGUAUGUAAAGUUGUUAGCUUUCCGAUUGUUGGUCUGGGGGGCAGCAUAACUGUUUGCAUAUGCAUAUAAAUUUGAUUGAUAAGGGAAGACAGCGAAAGAGACAAAGCUGAGUUCAACUUAAAAUUUAAAAAAACAGAAAAUCGUAAAGGCUGGCAACCCUGGUUUAACUCGCGGGGGUUGGUAAAACGAAGGAUCCAACAAGAUACCACCCAAGGAUGACCAAGAUGUAUGUCUAACUCUUUUGUCUUCUGGCUAAAUGGUGUGGACAAAU